AUGCAGAUGCUCCUGCGGAUUCUCUCGUGUACAUUCCUCCUUUUUAUCAUUCAUACGACAGCGUCUCCUUUGUGGUGGGAUGACCGCCCGGAGCCACCGUCCAGCACGACCGGCGACUUCAGCUACCCGAUCCGCCCUCGCGACCCGGCCAACACGUCCGUCAACCCCGAGGCCGUGACGGGGACGACAUGCAUAGACCCGACCGUGAACCUCAACACACACGAUACCAACGUCGCCAUCCUGUCCAUCUGCGGCGGCAUCGCAGGCUCGAUACAAUUUUGUGGGGGCGACCCGUCGACAACUGUGGGGGCCUCGGGAACUUCAAAGUUUACAUUGACAGCCGUAAACGCUGCCGAGGGCGCCACCAUCAACGUCAGCAAGGGGAGAUGGGAAGGCUGCGUAAGAGCGGCGCGGGCGGUGUGUCCGACGGGGACGUUCAGCAGCACGUGUGUGGGCGGGACGAGUGACGGGGAUGGGUUUACCUUUGUGUUGAGUAAGAACAAUUGA